AAGAACAAUAAGUGAGAGAAGAAAACAGCCAUGGCUAGCUAAGGCUAAUGAUGCAAAAUCAUUCCACUCUCACACACUAAUAAAAACCAUCCAAUACACACAUAAAUGACGCACUAAGAAGAUACCCCUAAUAAAGCAAAACCCCUUUACUCUUUCUUUUCCGUUUUCUCCUACUCUCUAUCGAUCAUCACAAUCUUUUCUUACAAUCUAAGACUCUGUUUCAGACAAUUUACAUCUCCAGAAACAAAAUACCCUUUACAGCAAAGAUCUCUUCUUAUAUUAUUCCAGACCCACUUCCCAAUACCCACUCGCCAGUCGCCAGAGGCCCAGAAAGAAUGAAUUCCGUCUGCAUAUCGAGCUGUGUCAAUGACACUCGCGUCCCCGUGCGGGCGACGUAUAGGAAUCUCUACAAAUGGCCAGAAUCUGAUGCAGAGUUCGUGAGAUCGGUGAGCUCAAACUCAAAUGGGAGUAGCAGCGACAGGGGAAACAGGGGAGUGGGACAACCAAGAGUGGUGGAUAGUAUAUCUUGUAGGCAGAUGUACCUGAGGAGCUAUACCUUUUCAAGGAAGGAAACGAUGCCUGAGAAGACUGUCAAGUGCUUUGGGGGAGUGAAAGAGAAAGUGGCUCAGAAGAAUAAGAAGAAGAAGAAGAAAAGGAAGGGAGGAAAUGGUGGAAAGAAGUGUGUGGUGAUUAGGAAGGUAAAGGAGAUGUCCUGUUCUGCACUCUUCAAAAUAUUUCGCAGGUUACUUUCGUGCACCACUACUGUCGAUGUUGCUGAUCAUCAUCGGGAGUUCUGAGAGUCUCACUCCUUCGUCCUCUGUUCUUAGGUGUCUUUUGUUUUGUUUAUCUUUCUUUCUUUCUUAUUUGAUUUUUGAUUAUUCUUGAAAGAUGGGUUGGGUAUUGGGUGUCUCCAGUCUCCUUCUCUGUGUCCUUUCUGAUGUUCUUCAUUGAAAAUUUAGUAGAACAGGUAGAUGCUUAUAAUGGGUUGUAACUUGUAAUUACGUACUUAGAUUAUAAAGAAAGGAAGAUCAGUGUUGUUUUUUUGU